CUGACUGUUUUCAACGGCAUCGGACGAGGGGCCGAGCGUCCCCGGUGAACACAGCUGGUUUGAAAAUUUGCCCCCGGUGUCUGCUUCUACAGACGCUGCUCACUCCGCUCAGGCAUGGAAAAAGUCGUCAUUGUAACGGGUGCCAACAGGGGUCUUCCUAACCAAAGAAGCAGAGACAUGAAGGAAACAAACAAGGCGACCAGCAUCUGACAAAAACAUCAUCCUCACCUGAAGCCUCAUCUCCUGAACUAAAGUCAGGGCUCUUAAACACGGAAACAUGUGUAAACAUGCUCAUUUAUUCCCGAUAUUGUCACAGUUUCUUAUUGUCAGCAGAUCGGACAUGCUAAUGUCCGCUAAUGUUAGCCUCAAGUGUCCUAAAAAUCACACUUUUCCUCUGAUAACCAGUUUGAUUACAUUCUCACUUGAUAUGAUAGAUUAUUUACCAAGUGUCCAAGUCCAACACUAACGCCAGCUAACAACAGCUAACAGAGGCUAACAGCAGCUAACGUCAGCAAAAACUCAUCUCUUACUGACAAAAAGCGGCAUCGGCUUGGCUUUGUGUGAAAGGCUUCUCACGGAGGACACACAGCUCCGGCUGUGUUUGGCCUGCAGGAACAUGCAGCGGGCAGAGGCCGCCCGCAGCGCCCUCCUCACUUCUCACACCGGUGCCCAUGUGGACUUACUACAGCUCGACGUGGGCUCUGUGGAGUCGGUGCUUGACGCUGCUGAGGUGGUCAAGUCCAGGUACAACAGAAUUGACUUUCUCUAUCUAAAUGCUGGAAUUAUGCCCAAUCCACAAGUGGACAUCAGAGCUUUUUUUAAGGGUUUAUUUUCCAGAAAUGUCAUCAACAUGUUUGCAACAGCCGAGGGUCUCUUGACUCAACAAGACCGCCUCAACUCAGAUGGCCUACAGGAAGUUUUUGCCACUAACCUGUUUGGUCAUUUUGUCCUGAUCCGGGAGCUGGAGCCUCUGCUGUGUCAGACAGCUCAUACGUCCAGGGUAGUGUGGACCUCUUCGAGUAAUGCCCGCCGGUCUGCCUUCAGCAUUGAUGACAUUCAGCACAGAAAAGGGACAGAGCCCUACAGCUCCUCCAAAUACGCUUCAGACAUGCUCAGCGUGGCUCUUAACAGGCGCAUGAACGGCCAGGGUCUGUUCUCCUCUGUAGUCUGCCCAGGACUGGUGAUGACUAAUUUGACCUAUGGUAUCCUCCCCUCCUCCUUCUGGACUCUAAUCAUGCCCAUCAUGUGGUUGAUUAGGAUCUUCACCAACACUUUCACCCUUACACCGUACAAUGGAGCAGAGGCACUGCACUGGCUGUUUCUGCAAAAGCCAGAAUCUCUGGAUCCCAGAGCAAAGUAUCACAGUUUAACAUCAGGGCUUGGGACAAACUACACCGAGCCUCGAAAGAUGGACAUCGAUGGUGAAACGGCUGACGUCCUCUUUUCAAAACUUCUUGAACUUGAGAAAGUGGUCAGAAGGAAACUGUGUGAGAGAAAUGCUGACAAUGAAGCUCACCAGCGGUACCUCAGCGAGAUAGAGUAAAAGUGAUUCUUUUGUACUGGAAGGUUUUGCUCUCUUGAAAUGGAUCCUGUGAAAUCUGAACCAGUGUCACUGCCCUUAUUCAUCCCAUCCUUCCCAGGUGGACCACUGAACAGAGGGUGAAAUGAUCACGCUUGUUCUACCUCAGCCAAGGUCAAAGCUUUGGUUUAUAUAAGUGAUUAUGUUAACUCUGACUACUUCUGAGGGGACCCCAUGGGGACAUUUUCCCUGAGUCAAAAUGUUAAAGAAAGAUCUGUCCCAACAUCUUCUUUGAUCAAGCUGCACCUCUCCAUCAGGUUAGACAAAACUUAGCUUGGUUGUUUUAUGUAAUUAAACAAAUGCACAGCAUGAUCAGUCAUGAAGGAAAUGCAACUGUUCCUUUCUUUUUUUUAAAGUCCACCGAUAUUCACUCAGUCCUCUGUUAACACUGCUCUAAAGACUUUCCAAUCAUACCAUGAACUUGAACCACAUCACACUGAGAGGUCUAAUUUAAAUAGCUGUGGGCAGUAAGGGCCUUUUUGAUAAGUUACUUUGAGCUCUCUACAAACCUCCUCACAUUACUCACAUUGUUUCAUAUUUCAACAUGUUAAUAAUAGAAACACGCUUUGCAUUUCUUGAAACUUUGUUAACAUAAUGAAGAGACUUUGUGUUUCAUGAGCUGAGCCUGUCACGGUUUUUAAACUCAGAAUCACAAGAAUCACUGUUUUUAAACAAACAGUGGAAGUUCAUUGAGGGUCAACAAGUUCACAUGAGAUCAGUAACAAGAAAGCGCUUUCCUGUUGUAAAGUGGACCCUGCUGUGUUUUCACCUGAUAGCUGCAUCGUGUUUCCUGCCCCACAAAGUUAAUUAGCUCUUUGUUAAUGCCCUGGCUUCUUGAGGCCACCAGCUCUGUGUAAUCUGGAGAUUGUUUCCAUACAAAUAAUAAAUUAUCGAAGGAUUGUCGAGUAAAUAAAUGGAAAAACUUAUAGUUUGUAAUAGGGUGAAUAAGUGUGCAAGUAAAUAAAUUAGCUGCUUUAUACCAGUA